GCCUUCACUAGACCUGCACUUCCGCUACAGCAGCAGUGCUGGACCCCUGCAGCUCUUCCUCCUGCUGUACCCCUGCAGCUCUUCCUCCUACUGAACCUGCAGCUCUUCCUCCUACUGAACCUGCAGCUCUUCCUCCUACUGAACCUGUAGCUCUUCCUCGUGCUGGACCCCUGCAGCUCUUCCUCCUACUGAACCUGUAGCUCUUCCUCAUGCUGGACCCCUGCAGCUCUUCCUCCUACUGAACCUGUAGCUCUUCCUCGUGCUGGACCCCUGCAGCUCUUCCUCCUACUGAACCUGUAGCUCUUCCUCGUGCUGGACCCCUGCAGCUCUUCCUCCUACUGAACUUGUAGCUCUUCCUCCUGCUGGACCUGUAGCUCUUCCUCGUGCUGGACCCCUGCAGCUCUUCCUCGUGCUGGACCCCUGCAGCUCUUCCUCGUGCUGGACCCCUGCAGCUCUUCCUCGUGCUGGACCCCUGCAGCUCUUCCUCGUGCUGGACCCCUGCAGCUCUUCCUCGUGCUGGACCCCUGCAGCUCUUCCUCGUGCUGGACCUUUCUUCAGCGGCUGCACUGCAGGAGGAAGAUCAGAAAGCCUGAAUCAGGAGACACUGUGAGUCUGCUUCUCCUCUGCCAUCAUGGAGUUUUCUCUGGCUCAUCCUGUGAUUAAAGCCUUCAUGUGUGGUUCUCUGAGUGGAACCUGCUCCACUUUGCUCUUCCAGCCGCUGGAUCUGGUGAAGACCCGUCUACAGACCCUGCAGAACAGUGUACAGCCCGGUUCAGGAAGGAUUGGCAUGGUAACCAUCUUCCUCACUGUUGUGAGGACGGAGAAGCUCCUAGGACUUUGGAAGGGAGUCUCACCUUCGUUUGUACGGUGUAUCCCCGGUGUGGGAAUCUACUUCAGCACAUACUACAGUGUGAAGCAGCGGUUCUUCAGUGACAGAGCGCCGCGUCCCCUGGAGGCCGUGCUGCUGGGUGCUGGAGCUCGGUGUGUAGCGGGAGUCUGCAUGCUGCCGGUCACCGUCAUCAAAACACGCUUCGAGAGUGGACGUUAUAACUACAGCAGUGUAGUAGGAGCUCUGCGCAGUGUGUGUCACACAGAAGGGCCGAGAGCGCUGUUCUCCGGUCUCACGGCUACUCUGCUCCGAGACGCUCCCUUCUCCGGCAUCUACGUCAUGUUCUACAGCCAGGCCAAGAACACACUGCCUCAUGAGAUAAGCGAGUCAGCGUACGCUCCACUGGCUAACUUCAGCUGCGGUGUUGGAGCCGGAGUGUUGGCCUCUCUGCUCACGCAGCCUGCAGACGUGGUGAAGACUCACAUGCAGGUGAAUCCUCAUCGCUUCAGGAGAAGCGCAGACGCGCUCACCUACAUCUACACGGAGCACGGCUUGGCUGGGUUUUUCCGUGGUGCCGUGCCUCGCUGUCUCCGCAGGACGAUGAUGGCGGCGAUGGCCUGGACCGUGUACGAGCAGCUCAUGGCUCGAAUGGGCCUCAAAUCCUGAGAGAGAGAAUCAGAGAUGGAGAAAAUCCCAGAUGAAAGAUGAAUAGAGGAUUAAAGCAGAGCGUGAAACGGAGAAGAGAAAGAUGGAGACUGAAAUAUGAACGAAUGAGAGAGUUUGCUCGGGUCUCUGAGACAGCAGGAGAUGGAGAGUGAAUGUUUCUGCUUCAGAGACGCUACGUUCAGAAACAAAUGAUCUUUUUAAAAUCCCAGACAUCUACAGUGCACCGUUUACACUCAGCACUGUGGUGAAGAUUUAUUAUUGUACAAACAACUGAGAAUUGAGAUUGGAACAAGGACGUGUUUCCUGGAAAUUCGGGCAGUACUGGGGAGAAGACGCAUCAAAGUGCCCUGAUAGCGACAAAUAAUUCAUAAGUCGGAUGGAAAGUGUUCAUUUGAUACUGAGAUGCAUUGCUGCUGCUGCUGUUAUUGUACCUUCAGUGUUUAGAUAAAGGAGCAGCAGUAAGAUCUCAGUAAUGGCUAAAAGUUCUCGGGAGAGCUGCAUUCAUGAAUGUGAUGCUGUGCACUAAAAACACACUUUUUUUAAUGCAUGCGUGAACACACAUCUGUGUCCAGGAGAGCGUCACUGCACCUUAUGAACAAACUGUCUGAGACUUCAGCUUUGUACGAGUUCAUGACGUUGACUGGCUAUAAAGUGUAAGUGCAUUAUAGCAUAGUAACGUUACAGUAGCUAUAAACACUCAUUCCCCCUGCAGCCAGUCAGAAUAAACCUUAAAUAUCUCCUUAUGUAAAACUUCACCAGAUUACAUGGAAUGUCUGCUGUUCAAGUCUCUGUUGAAGUUCUCACUACAGAAAAUUAAAUCAACUGCUUCUGGCCAAUCAGUUUUGAGAAUUCAACAAUGAUGUGUUUAUAGUUGCUUUAGAUGUUCAGUAGUAAAUAUGAGCAAAGCAACAUCAUGGGACGAUCAGUAUCUCAUUCAGUGUAAUCUACACUUCACGUUGUAGAACAGAGAGGUGAUGUUAUAUUUCAGUCUGAUCACUGUGCAUUAAAUCGUGUGUCUCUUGUUCUCGUUUGCGGGAUUGCUGGAGGAGACUUUAAUAACCUGUGAGACAGCGCUGAAUGAAAAAAAUUUUGCCGUGUCGUCAGUAAUGACAGUUUUUUUUUUUUUAUCAGUUUAUCAAAUGUCUCAGUACUGUGAUAAAUUAUUUUUGUUUGCACAAUUCAUAUUAAUAUAUUAAUGUUUUUUAUAUGUGCAGUUGCUAACUUACUAAAAAAAAAAAAAAAUUAUUUUAUCGUC